AUGACAAGUAUCAAACCAGCUGAAAAUAUACGAAAGUAUAGUCCUGCAAUUAGUCGUGUAACAUCUGUAGUUCGUUUUAAUUCUGCUCGUGUUACACCUGAAAACAAUGAGAAUAGCUCGGAAAAAAAAUUAAAUGAACAAUCAUCACCACCACUAUCACCAUCACCAUUUAAUCUUCAAAUCGAUGAGGGAUUAUUUCAAUUUAAUGAAUUAUCACUUCAAUCACCUCUUAUUAAAAAUGAAAUACAUACAACAACUCUCAAUACACCAUCUAGAGAUGAAAAUGAAGGAAAGGAACGUACUGUUAAAGUAUCUGAAUAUUGUACACCUGAAAGUACACCGUUUGAACCUUUAACAGGAAAUAUUUCGCCAAAAAAACUACAUCGUUAUAUUCUUCUUACUCCGCGAACUAUUUUUUCUAUAUCAUUAUUUACAAUUCUUUCAUUAGCGGUUGUUCUUAUUGGUUUUGGUAUUGCUAUUUCACAUCGACGAGCACAACUAGAUUAUCAAUGUCCAGUAAUAAUAUAUUGUCCAAGAGAUACAAGUUAUACUCUCAUAUGUAAUAUAACAAAUGAAUAUUGUAAUUGUUAUAAUACAGAAGAUGAAGUUAUUGGUUGUAUGAAACAGAGACAAUAUGGAGCAGGUUGUUAUCGUUCACAAGAAUGUUCUAUUAAUUAUAAUCUUCAAUGCAAUUUAAGUCUAUAUCAAUGUCAAUGUCUUGAUCAUUAUAUAUAUAAUGGAAGUGCAUGUAUACCUAUGUUAACAUAUGGUGAUGCAUGUUCAAUAUUAAAUGAUACAUGUGAUUAUUCCUUAAAUUUAACAUGUUUAACUGGAAAUAUUUGUACUUGUAAUACAAAUAUUACAUUUUGGAAUGGAGAAUAUUGUGAAUCAUAUCGGUCUGUAAAUAGUCCAUGUGAUCCAUAUAAAAUUCCAUCUGGUUGUUCAAUGACAUUUAUAUGUGAUAAUUCUACAGUAACAUGUCAAUGUUCAUCAUCAACUUAUUUUGAUGGUGACGUAUGUUUAUCAUAUAGUUCAUAUUUAGAACCUUGUUAUGAUACAUCAUCGUGUUUACCAAAUACAUAUUUAUCAUGUUCAGAGGGUUUAUGUCAAUGUGAUGAUUCAUUUUUUUAUUGGUCAUCAAUAAAUUCAACAUGUAUCUAUCCAAAACAAAUUCAAUAUAAUUCUACAUGUGAAUAUCAAACAGCUUGUGAAAGUGAUUUUGGUUUACGUUGUAUCAAUGGUCAAUGUUUAUGUGAAUUAAAUUCCUAUUGGACACCAGGAAAUUAUUGUGAUUUUCAAUCACAAUAUAAUGAACAAUGUUUAACAGCUCCUUGUCUUGCUAAUACUGGACUUAUAUGUACAUCAAAUACAUCCAUAUGUACUUGUCCACAAUAUUAUUAUUGGGAUAAUUAUGUAUGUCAAUAUCAACGUGCAUAUACAUCAUUUUGUUUAAGUGAUAAUUGGUGUCGAGAGGAUAUUGGUUUACGUUGUCGAAACUAUACAUGUACAUGUUCAUUAUGUACAACAUGUUUUUGGGAUGGUAUACGUUGUCGUGAUUGUCCUACAUCAUGGCAAAUAGUUGUAUCAAAUGGUACAAUUCAACCACGUACUUAUUGUUAUCUUAAAGUUGAUUCGUAUGUUAAUUGGAAUGAAUCAUUAAGUAAUUGUGCAAAAUUAACAACAUCAUAUUUUGGUGGUACAAGUCAUCUAAUAUAUAUUGAUGAUUUACAAGAAUUACAAGAUGUUUGUACAUUUGCAACAACUGCUUAUUAUGAUAUAUUUAUUGGUUAUACAAAUCGUUUUAAUUAUAGUCAAUGGUUUUUUGCUAACGAUACAUUAGCACCACCUAUUAAAUGGUGUACAGGUGUAGCAACAACAUUUACAUCAUUAACAUGUACUCGUGUACUUAUUAGUUCCGUAUGUGUAACUGAUAUAACAUGUUAUGGUUGGACUUCAAGAUAUAUCUGUGAACUUGAUUAA